ACUGUCUACUCUCCGCGCGCCCCUUGCCCCGGCCCGUCCCAGCCCCUAUCUCUUUACAGGACCGCUGCACAGUCCGGAGUUAUUCCAGGAAUGCGAUGAAACAUGGCUGCCGCGAUGAAGGCACAGAAGACGGGACUGCUGGAACUCCGGGUGACCGUGGACCGCUGGAUCCGCGUGCUGGCUACCCUCACCGAGGACACGCUCACUCUUAACCCGGGGGAAACUACCGAAGAGCCCGCGAAACCCAGCCCCAGCCCGGUCGGUGCCAUAAACGGAGACCCGCCGAACCUCAGCUCUUCCCCGGUGCCUGAAACCAUCACCAACGUAAAGCGCACCGUGCGAGUGACCAAACAAGAUGUUGGAGGACUCGGGAUCAGCAUUAAAGGUGGAAAGGAGAACAAGAUGCCAAUUCUCAUCUCAAAGAUUUUUAAAGGGCUGGCAGCAGACCAGACCGAGGCGCUUUAUGUGGGUGACGCCAUUUUGUCCGUCAAUGGGUUUGACUUACGAGAGGCCACGCACGACGAGGCUGUCCAGGCCUUGAAGAAAACGGGCAAAGAAGUCAUCCUUGAAGUCAAGUACAUCAAGGAGAUGUCUGCCUUCUUUAAGACGUCUGGCUCCCCCGGCUCUGCUCUCCCCUGGGACUCUCCCCCCUCCACACCACAGAGGGGCGCUGCCGAGCCCACCCCCGCCGAGCUGAGGGAACCCCGCAGCAUCCCGCUCAAGAUGUGCCAGGUGUCACGGAAACAGUGCCCCCCGGAUACAGAGCACAGGUAUUUCGAAGUGGUUUCAUCCAACAGAAAGAGCUCUCUGUUCCUGCGGGCAAAGGACCCGGCUAUGGCUCAGUCCUGGUACAAUGCCAUCCAAGCGGGCGCUGCCAGCCUGUUACCGCGAGUCAAGGAGGAGAUGAGGAGCAUGCAGCUCGAUGUGGAGGUCAAACAUCUGGGCUGGAUAACUGAGCAGAUGACCCAGGGUCCAGAGAAGCCUGUGCUCGCCGUUCUGACAGACAGAGACCUGCUGCUGUACUCCUCACUGCCUGAAACCAAGGAGAGCCUCAGCAACCCCUCCAAGAGCUACCCCCUCAUCACUACCAGACUGGUGCAUUCAGGCCCGGGUAAGUCGUCUCCACUUCUGGACUCGGAGCUGUCUUUUGGAGUGCGUUCAGGGACUAAACAGGGCGUGGAGACUCAUGUGUUCAGAGUGGACUCUGCCAAAGAGCUGUCUCUGUGGACCCACCUGCUGGUUGAGGGCUGCCACUGCGCCGCCGAGCUCGUCAAGGAGGUCUCUACAGCGUGCAGCUGGAACGGUAAAGAAUGCACUCUGGGCGUGCACAUAGACGAGGGCUUCACUCUGUACACGGUGGAGAUGGGAGUGAGGAAGAGUGUCCUGCUGCAGCAGCCUUUUGAACGUCUCAAGAUGUCCUCUGACGACGGCGUCCGCAUGAUGUUCCUCGACUUUGGAGGCCCCGAAUCUGAAAUACAAUUGGACCUCCACUGUUGCCCCAAAACUCUAGUCUUCAUCAUCCACUCUUUCCUGUCUGCAAAGGUGAAGCGACUAGGCCUGCUGGCAUGAUAAAGACACAUAAAUAUGCAUACACAGCAAUAGGAAUAUUCAAUAAAACGACAUGCACAACUGGAGGAGCAGCCUAUCCGGUACCCUGGUCAAAGAGGAAGUAAAGAUGGACCUUUUGAUGAUUGUAAGUUUACUGGGGACAGAUUAUACCAACGCGCGUGAUUCUGACAGCCUGCAUCUUAAUAUUUUUUCAAAGUUGACACGUUUCCUGCAUUGUAGCACAUUUUUUGAUUUGUUUUGAGUCACAGCAAGCCUUUUGUCACACGUCUUUUCAUUGUUUAAUCUGUCUCUUCGCGCUGUAAGCAUUGAUAAAAGGGUAUUUCACGCCGACUGAUGCUAGACAAACAUUUUUUUGUUUUGUUUUUUUUCUUGUUUUCUUGUAAAUGACGGCAGCUUGAGUAGAGUGACAGGAUGACACCACGACUGAAGGCUCUGUAUAAAUAAGUGUGCAGAUUAACACUGUGCGAAACAACGUAAUACACCACUCGGUGCGGCUGUAAGAAUGUAUUCGUGGAACAUUUUGAGGACUGUUCACCGUUCAAAAGAUAUACUGUUGUGUUUAAAUUGUUAAUUGCCGUGGUAACAGUCGUUUUAUCACUCUGAAAUCAAUGAAUAGGUCUAAAUAAGGGUCUAAAUCAAUUACAAGUAAGGAAUUAGUCCAAAACCGAGCCUGAACCAGGAUCUAAAGCAAUUAAAAGUAAGUCUGCAUUCUUUUGUGCUCGAGACUCGAGGAAAACCGACCUCCACCUCGAGAAAGUGCAAUGGAAACUUGGACUAGUUCAGAGCAGAUUGAGUCGGAUGGAUUUCUGAACAUGUCAUAGUCAAACUGCCAUAAUUGAGUUGCCGACAGCUAAUAUUAUCUAACAGGCUCUAUUUAUUAGCAGGAGCUAGUGAUACUUUACGUCAGGGGUCUCCAACCUUUUUCCUCCAGUGAGCUACUUUUACAAAAUGAAAAUGCCAGAGAGCUACUAGUUUUAGCGGUCACAAGAAAUUGAGCAAAUAUAAGAGUCACGGCCUUAGAUGAGGAACAUUUAUAUGUCUAUAAAACGUAAACCUUUAUCCACUUAUUAGUGUACAAGGUUAGGCAUGUAUGGUGGUAAAAGGCAUUUAAUUAAUCCAGUUUUACUUAUUCAGCACAAUACGUGUAAUUCCAAAAAAUCCCUUGGAGAGCUACUGGUAGCUCCCGAGCUGCAUGUUGGAGACCCCUGCUUUACGUUAACUACAUAAGCUAACAAAAUAAACAUUAAACUUCCUCGGGCAUCCAUAUUUUCCCAACUGUUGCAAUGGAACACAUUUAAUGGGUGUCGGGAGAACUGACUCAUGAAAACAUGGUCAAAAGUGGGCCUGAACCAGGACUGAACCAGGUCCAGGACUGAACUAGGACUAAACUAUGAUUGAAUUGAGAAGAAACCAGGUCUUAACUGUGCUCUAUGUAACUUUUCUGGUGAAGAGUUUGCAAUCUACUUAUAGGAGAUGGUUUUGCAUUGUCUAGAACAGGCAUGUCCAAACUAUGGCCCGGGGGCCAAAUGCGGCCCUCAGACAUUUUUUUCUUGGCCCUCAGACUUCCAGGUGACUUGGCCCAAAUUACCUUGCAUCAAUAAAAAAUAAACUUUAUAUUGCAAGAUUUUUGAAAAUCUACCUUGAUAAAGCUAAUAUUUAAUAUUUAGUGUGUGGUUUUAAGGAUCUUAGCAUGAAUAAAGACUGAUGGCUCAUUCUAACGUGUUAAACAUGCACAAAUUUCAGUUAUUCCCUGUACUGAGCAUCAGUCUACGGCCCUUGAUUGGCCCUCUGCUUCGUCUGUGUUUAGAUAUGUGGUCCUUGAUGAAAAAAGUUUGGACACCCCUGGUCUAGAAUGUUCCACAGUACAAUAUUAAAUGUUUCCGCCUCUACAGAGACGAGCAGGUAGUGCCACCAAGUCCAGUUACAGUUCAGAUCUGCGGAGAGAUGACUUACUAAGACGAUUUACAAUAAGAAAGUUUGUUCAUUUUAGCACUAAAAAUAUUAAAUGUAAGAUUUAGAUGGAGACAAACAGGUCACAGACUCCGCUGGAAAAGCUGCAUAAUGUUUCUUUAUCCAGGACUUAACCAGGAUUUAAACAGGUCCAAAUCAGGACUAUGUCUUUACUACACCACAGUUGAACCAGGACUAAAAUGGCUUGAAAAUAAUAAACUGUGGUGCUCAGAAAAUGAUUUGCAAUAACCAUAAGAUGUAAACCUGAUUAACAGACUUUUUGGAUACUGUUACACAAUAUUUUAUUAUAAGACCUAAAUCAGACACAGGAAUUUACGUGUCUAAUCCAAAAAUAAUAAUUCUUCAUAACUUUUCCACCUUUUUUGUCACAUCCUGUUCGAGAUAUACAGUAUGAUCCCAUUGAAUUCAAGAACAUUUUAGUAGAAUUUUUUAUUUGGAAAAAAUAAUUAUAGUUUCACAUGAGGAAUUUGUGUUCGAAAUGUUACUUUUCAUCAUUUACAUUUCACACACAGCUAACACAUGUUGUAGAAUGAGACUGUUAAAUUGUGGAUUACCACUUAAAUUGGUACGAUAUAUAUAUUUUUCUUGUAUGUGAAAGCCCUAUUUGUGUUUAUAUAGAGGUCUAACUGUGCUUUGUUUUUGGAGAAUUAUUAGUUUCAAUUUUACCAAUAUUUUAGUACAAAUUUAUUUUAAUAUACUUUUUGAAUUAUUUGAUAGAUUUUAUCAGCUGUUACACUUUCACAUUUCAGUCAUAUUUUCUGACUUUUUUUUUUUUGCCAGAAAUAUUUGUAUAAUUUGAAAAACUAAACGCGGCCUUUGCUUUAGCCAACCCCUAAAAGACUGUAUUAAUAUAUUUCAAGACUAAAAGUUGUUUUGUUUCCAUAAUAAGAUGUAUUGUAUAUUCUUAUUUAAAUAAAAGUGUGCCUUGC